ACUGGCAAUAUGAGGACUGCAAACUAAACAGGGGAGGACCACCAGCUACCAUAGUUGCUAUUGAUGAAGAGAGUCGGAAUGGUACGAUCCUGGUGGAUAACUUGCUGAUCAAAGGGACUGCUGGAGGACCAAACCCCACCAUAGAACUCACUUUAAAAGACAAUGUGGAUUACUGGGUGAUGUUGGAUCCUGUUAAACAAAUGCUUUUCCUGAACAGCACGGGCAGAGUUCUGGAUAGAGAUCCACCCAUGAACAUACACUCCAUCGUGGUCAAAGUCCAGUGUGUCAACAAAAAAGUGGGCACUGUUUUCUACCAUGAAGUUCGAAUCGUGGUGCGAGACAGGAAUGACAACUCCCCCACGUUCAAGCACGAAAGCUACUAUGCAACCGUUAAUGAGCUCACUCCAGUUGGUACCACGAUAUUUACAGGAUUUGCAGGAGACAAUGGAGCUACAGACAUAGAUGACGGCCCAAAUGGACAGAUAGAAUAUGCUAUUCAAUAUAAUCCAGAAGAUCCGACAUCCAACGACACCUUUGAAAUACCCCUCAUGUUGACUGGAGAUGUAGUGUUAAGGAAGAGGCUCAACUAUGAAGAUAAGACUCAAUACUUUGUCAUCAUCCAAGCUAAUGAUCGUGCACAAAAUCUGAAUGAACGGCGAACCACAACUACCACCCUCACAGUAGAUAUUCUGGAUGGAGAUGACUUGGGUCCCAUGUUUCUUCCUUGUGUCAUCGUGCCAAACACUCGUGACUGUCGCCCAGUCAACUAUAAAGCCGCCAUACCUGAGUUGCAUACUCCGGAAGAACUGAACCCCAUCAUUGUUACCCCACCAAUCGAAGCCAUUGAUCAGGACCGGAAUAUUCAGCCACCAUCAGAUAGACCGGGCAUCCUCUAUUCCAUCCUUGUUGGGACUCCUGAGGAUUACCCACGAUUCUUCCAUAUGCAUCCCAGGACUGCAGAACUCAGUCUCCUGGAGCCAGUAAACAGAGACUUUCACCAGAAAUUUGAUUUGGUUAUUAAGGCUGAACAGGACAACGGUCAUCCUCUUCCAGCCUUUGCCAGCCUCCAUAUUGAAAUACUAGAUGUGAACAAUCAGAACCCGUAUUUCACAAUGCCCAGUUAUCAAGGCUAUAUCCUGGAAUCUGCCCCAGUGGGAUCAACUAUUUGUGACAGUGUAAAUUUGACCAGUCCUCUACAAAUCAUGGUUCUAGACAAGGAUGUAGAAGAUACGAAAGAUCCAGAGCUUUUCAUUUACCUCCACGAUUAUGCAUCAGUCUUCACUGUCACGCCGACUGGUAUCAUUCGCUACCUCACCUUGCUCCAACCAGUGGACAGAGAAGAACAACAAACUUACAUUUUUACGAUUACGGCCUUUGAUGGUGUGCAAGAAAGUGAGCCAGUUUUUGUCAAUAUUCGGAUAAUGGAUGCAAAUGAUAACACCCCAACCUUCCCUGAAGUGUCCUAUGAUGUCUAUGUUUAUACAGACAUGAGCCCUGGAGACAGUGUCAUACAGCUCACUGCAUUCGACGCAGACGAAGGGUCAAACGGGGAGAUCUCCUAUGAAAUUCUGAUUGGGGACAGGGGAGACUUCAUCAUCAAUAAAACAACAGGGCUUAUCACCAUCGCUCCGGGAGUGAAACUGAUAGUCGGGCAGACUUACGCACUCACUGUCCAAGCAGCGGAUAAUGCUCCUCCUGUGGAGAGAAGGCACUCCAUCUGCACUGUGUACAUUGAAGUGCUUCCUCCAAAUAAUCAAAGCCCUCCCCGCUUCCCACAGAUGAUGUAUAAUCUUGAAGUCAGUGAAGCCAUGAGGGUUGGCGCUGUUUUAUUAAAUCUACAGGCAACUGAUCGAGAGGGAGACCCAAUAACAUAUGCCAUUGAGAAAGGAGAUCCUCAGCGAGUUUUUAAUCUUUCAGAAACUACUGGGAUUCUAACCUUAGGGAAAGCACUGGACAGGGAAAGCACCGAUCGCUACAUUCUGAUUGUCACUGCAACUGAUGGCAGGCCAGAUGGGACCUCAACUGCCACAGUAAAUGUGGUGGUGUCAGAUGUCAAUGACAAUGCUCCAAUGUUUGAUCCGUAUCUGCCUAGAAAUGUGUCUGUGGUGGAAGAAGAAGCGAACGCCUUUAUCUGUCAAGUAACGGCAACUGACCCUGAUGAUGGAAUAAAUGGCCAAGUUUACUACAGUUUGGGCAACUUCAAUAAUCUUUUCCGCAUCACAGCCAAUGGGAGCAUUUACACAAGAGUGAAGCUUGACAGGGAAGUCAGGGACUACUAUGAACUUGUGGUUGUGGCGACUGAUGGAGCAGUACACCCUCGUCAUUCAACUCUAGUUCUGGCCAUCAGAGUUUUGGAUAUUGAUGAUAAUAGUCCUGUGUUCACCAAUUCAACAUAUACUGUUGUGGUUGAAGAGAACCUGCCAGCUGGGACCACUUUCCUUCAAGUAGAGGCCACAGAUGUUGACCUUGGAGCAAAUGUGUCUUAUCGGAUAAGAAGCCCAGAAGUGAAGCACCUCUUUGCAAUACAUCCAUUUACUGGAGUACUUUCCCUUUUAAGGAGUUUGGACUAUGAGUCAUUUCCAGACCAGGAAGCCACUAUCACUUUUCUGGUGGAGGCCUUUGAUAUUUAUGGAACAAUGCCACCCGGUAUCGCUACUGUCACAGUGAUUGUCAAGGAUAUGAAUGAUUAUCCUCCAGUAUUUAGUAAACGGCUCUACAGAGGGAUAGUGGCUCCAGAUGCUGCCAAGGGUACACCGAUCACAACCGUCUAUGCUGAAGACGCAGACCCUCCCACCUCCUCCAGUAAGUGAACUUGCACCCAGAGGGACUACAGUUGGUGUAAUUUCCGCAGCAGCCGUCAAUCAGAGUAUUGUGUACUCCAUUGUUUCAGGAAAUGAAGAGGAUCAUUUUGGUAUUAAUAAUGUCACGGGUGUUAUCUAUGUGAAUGCUCCUCUGGAUUACGAAACAAAGACGAGCUAUGUACUCCGAGUUCAAGCUGAUUCCCUGGAAGUGGUCCUUGCCAACCUCCGAGUGCCUUCAAAAAGUAAUAGAGCAAAAGUAUACAUUGAGAUUCAGGAUGAAAAUGAUCAUCCCCCAGUGUUUCAGAAAAAACUUUACAUCGGAGGUGUAUCUGAAGAUGCAAGAAUGUUUUCGUCUGUGCUAAAAGUUAAGGCUACUGAUAAAGAUACUGGCAAUUAUAGUGCCAUGGCAUACAGGCUCAUAAUACCACCAAUUAAAGAGGAAAAAGAAGGAUUUGUUGUGGAAACCUAUACAGGGCUUAUCAAAACUGCUAUGCUCUUCCAUAACAUGAGGAGGUCCUAUUUCAAGUUUCAAGUCAUCGCAACUGACGACUAUGGGAAAGGACUAAGCGGCAAAGCAAAUGUACUUGUCUCUGUGGUCAAUCAGCUGGAUAUGCAAGUCAUUGUUUCUAAUGUGCCCCCCACUCUAGUGGAAAAAAGGAUAGAAGAACUUACCGAGAUUUUGGAUCGGUAUGUUCAGGAGCAGAUCCCUGGUUCCAAAGUUGUCGUGGAGUCCAUUGGUGCUCGCAGGCAUGGAGACGCCUUUUCUCUAGAAGAUUACAGCAAAUGUGACUUGACUGUCUAUGCAAUUGAUCCCCAAACCAACAGAGCUAUCGACAGAAAUGAGCUUUUUAAAUUUUUGGAUGGCAAACUGCUCGAUAUCAAUAAAGACUUUCAGCCAUAUUACGGGGAAGGAGGACGCAUCCUGGAGAUACGGACUCCACAGGCAGUGACCAGCAUUAAAAAGCGAGGAGAAACUCUAGGCUACACAGAAGGUGCUUUGCUGGCUCUGGCCUUCAUCAUCAUCCUCUGUUGUAUUCCCGCUGUCUUGGUGGUUUUGGUCAGCUACAGACAGUUUAAAGUACGCCAAGAGGAGUGCACCAAGGCAGCAAAGCUCCAAGCCGCGGCCGCGCUGAUGCCUGCGGCCAAACCAGCAGCACCUGCAGCAGCACCCGUGGCCGAAGCCCCGCCGCCGCCGCCGCCCCCGCCCCCGGGGGCACAUCUCUAUGAGGAAGUUGGGGACAGCGCAGCGCAUAAUCUUUUUCUUCUCUACCAUUUCCAACAAAGCAGGGGAAAUAAGUCAGUUCCAGAAGACAGGAAACAUCAGCACGUUGUGGUGCCCUUUUCAUCCAAUCCUACUGAGGCUCACCAGCAGGCUUAUAUAGAUGGAUCCCUUAAGAUCAACCAGCCCGAGUCUGCAAGGAAAUUCACAUUGGUAUCUGAUGAAGAUGCCUUAAGUACCCACAGUGCCCUUUAUAAGGAAAAUAUAGGACAAAGAUCAACGAAGUUGGACUUUCCACUGAGAACAGAUUCUGUAGGCUCAUUUUUACCCAAAACACAAGCCAAGAAUGAGCCUCUGGGGGGCCCAAGAGAAAAGAUUCAGAAGUUGUGGAAUCAGACAAUCUGCUUACCUAGGAGACCAAUGUGGGAACUUCCCAAUACACCAGAAACCAUAGAAAUGGAGCAAUGGCGAAGCAAUAGACAGAAAGCUGGAAAUGAAAUUCCUGGAACCCAUCCAAACAAAAGAGGUAGCAGGAAUAUUGUGCUUACAGCUAAAGAUACAAGUUUAAGAGAGAAAGAGGAAAUAAGGCCAGGUGAAUCACCUAUUAUACAAGGAAUGGAACAGUGGAAAUCUCUGUCUUCAGACUCUUCAUUUUCUUCUCCUUGGUCUCAUUCCUCACUCUCUACUUUGCCAACUGUCUCAAGAGCUGUGGAACUCAAAUCAGAGCCUAAUGCCAUCAUUUCUCCUGCUGACUGUUCCUUGGAACUUUCUCCUUCAAUGCCUUGCAUUUUAAACUCUCCACUCCUAAGGAAAGAGACACCCACUUGUAUGUUGACUGUUGAAACCAAAAGGAACAUUUUCAAAAGUCUUCCCCAUUCAUCAAACAUCUCUCCCCCUCCGCCAUCUCCGCCUCCUCCUCCACGUCCUCCUCCUCCUCCUCCUCCUCUUGUCCUUACUCCGUUGUCUCUUUCCUGUUCUCCUCCUUCUCCUUCUUGUCAUCCCUCUCCUCUUCCUUUUCCUCUACUUCUUCCACUUUCUGUUUCUUCUCCUCCCUCUAUUUCUCCUCCUCUACCCCUCCUUUCUUCGCUUCCCUCUCUUCCUCCGCCACCUCCUCCUUUUCCUUCUCCACUACCUCCUUCAACUUCAGUUCCAUCCCCUAUGUGUGUUUGUAUACCAGCUGUUAAACACACAGGCACUGUGAAACCACCCAAGGAAAUGAAGCCCUCUAUGUUACAGCGAUCAACACCAACAACAGUUUGUAAUGCACACCCUCAAAGAGAGCCAAAAGGAAUCCUCAAACAUGUUAAAAACUUAGCGGAACUUGAAAAGUCAAUAGCUAACAUGUACAGUCAAAUAGAAAAAAACUAUCCACCAACACACAACACAAAACUUCAGACUAGUUGCCCUUCAGAGAUAACACAUAUGGAAAUGACAUCCGAACAAAAUCAGGAGAAUCUGCACAAUAUUGUCGAGGAAAUUGAAAAACACUCUCACAUUCAAUCUACUUCACUGUAAUGUUGCUUUUCCUAUUUUAACUGGACAACUCUUUCAUUGGCCGUAAUCUUCAAGUGGAGCCAAAUUUGAACAUUAAAGAAGAUUCUAUUCUUUUACCCUAAACUCAAUGCGAUACUGUUUUUUUCCCUCAUUUUUAAUUUACAAUAUUAUUAACCUCAUCAUUACUAACUCAUAUAGAUUUAUCUUAAUUUUCUUAACUACGAAGUAAUUAUUUGUCAACAUUUAUUUAAAAAGUAAGUAAUUUCAAUCUAUUUUUUAAUGGGAAUAUAUGGGUAUAAAAGUUAGAUGUCCAACUUAAACCAGUGGCUUGUUGAUCAUGUUAAUGAAAUAACUUUUACUUUUUCAUCAUAAUUUUAUGGGAAAAAAGGAGACUGUUACAAGUAUGCUAAAAAAUAUCAUAGUUUUUUUUUUUAUUUCCUUGCAACCUAUAUGUGGUAAGAAGAAAUGCUACCAAUUAAAAUGUCAUUUAUCCUGAAAUGUAGGAGAUGGCAGACAUUAUGGUAUUCCAAAAUAAAUCUCAGGUGCUAGAAGAUGUAGUCAUCUAUUUUCAUAUAAGAGCAUCCUUUACUCAGGCUUGCUUUUAUCUUACUAGUAUGCUUAUACAUUUGAUAAAUCUUUUUACUUUUUCUCAGUUGCUAUCUUAUCUAUUGAUUUCUCAUUGAGCUUUCUUUUUCCUUCUUUAUAAUGAAAAUAAACCUUGAGUCAUUGACUUUUAUAAGACAUUUAAUUGUUCCUAUAGAUGUUUAAAGUGCUCUUUAAU